AUGGGUAUGUCGCGUUGCUACGCCUUGAUGAAAUGUUUGCUGAUAUUGUUUAACAUUAUUUUUCUGGUGGUGGGCGUGGGUGCGUGCGCGUUCUGCGGGUGGGCGCUGUGGGAGGGUUACGGCGGCGCGGGCGCGGGUGCGGGGCGCGCGGGGCUGUGGUGCGUGGGCGCGUGGGGCGCGCUGCUGACGGCGGGCGCGGCGAGCUGCGUGCGCGGCGCGUGCGGCGGCGCGGGCGGCGGCGCGGCGCUGCGCGGCGGCCUGGCGCUGCUGGCGCUGGCGUGCGCGGCCGAGGCGGCGGCGGCGGCCUGGGGCGCGGCGCACGCGCCGGCGCUGCGCCAGGCGCUGCACGAGCGCCUGCGCGACACCGUGGCGCACGAGUACGGCCUGCUGCCCGCGCGCACGCACAUGCUCGAUGCGAUACAGCAAGGGUUGCAGUGUUGCGGAGCGGAGGGGCUGCGCGACUGGCAGGAUUCGGCGUGGGCGGGCGGCGAGCACGGGGCGGGAGGGGAGGCCGGAGAGGGCGGGGUGGUCGGGGCGGCUGGCGCCCUCGACCUGUCCGUCAGUGCACCCGCCCUCUACUACUGGGUGCCCGCUUCCUGCUGCGCGACGGAGGACGCGUACGAGUGCGAGGCGGCGCGGCGCGUGCGGGUGGGUGGCGAGGCGGGCGGCGGGGGCGCGCUGCACGGCGCGGGGUGCGGGGCGCGGGCGGCGGGCGCGCUGGCGGCGGCGGCGCGCGGCCCGCUGUGCGCGGCGGCGGCGCUGCUGGCGGCGCACGUGCUGGCGCUGCUGCUGGCGCUGGCGCUCGCGCUCACACCCAAGCCGCACACGCCCUACAAGGCCUAG